GUCUCUUGUGUUUUGUUUCUUUUAUCAGAUAACAGGAUCCGGCAGCCAAGAUGGCCGACGAGAAAAGACUGUCCGCGAGGCGUAAGCACACUCUGAAAGGCUGCAUGCUGAUGGUGGGAACUAAUCUACUGGAAGCCGAAGCAUCAAUGAAGGUUGAGGAAAGGGAGAAGUUCCUCGCAGAGAAAUGUCCUCCUCUGGAGCUGCCGUACUCCAAGGACGAGCUCAUGGAACUUGUCCAGAAACUCCAUGAGCAGAUUAACUUGAGUGAGGAGGAGAGAUACUGCAUAGAGUUCAAGCUCAACAUGGUGCUGAAUGAGGUCAGAGAUCUCAACAUUAAGAUUGUGGACAUGAGGGGAAAGUUCAAGAGACCCCGUCUGAAGAAGGUGCGCAUGUCGGCCGACGCCAUGCUGAAGGCCCUGCUGGGCUCCAAGCACACGGUCAACAUGGACCUCAGGGCCAACCUGAAGCAGGUCAAGAAGGAGGUCAAAGAGGAGGACAAGCAGCUUCGCGACGUGGGAGACUGGCGUAAGAACAUCGAAGACAAGUCUGACAGGAAGAAGAUGUUUGAUAGUUAAUCUGUCGGUUCGGCUCAAACGACGGAGACAGAAUUUGGAUCUUAUGUCUUUGUAAUUGAAGAGUUUUAUUCCAAAAUGCUGCGUAUCCAACGGCAACGUAACCCGAGAUUAGACAUGACUGCCGUGGACAUUAUACUGAUAAACAGUGUGAAUACCUUGGGUACUACUAUCAACUAAAGGUACACACCUUAAGAAAGACAGUUGGGUUUUUAAGCUUCUAGUGUGGCACAGUGUGAUGUCUUGUCCACCAAGGCGAACCAGGUGCUGGUUCUGGUUCUGGUGCUGGUGCCAGUUCGGUGCUGGUUCUACUAUCCAGUUCUCUAAGAAUCAGCUGGAUGUUCCCCAGCCUGAGACCCUGCAGACCGGUGGUUUCCUCCCCAGACCACG